UGCUGGAGACACUGACAAUUCAGGGAGUCAUACAGACGUUUCUUUCAAAGGCAAAGACAAAUCUCAACAAUGACGUUCAGAUUGCUGCUGCCUCUGCUGAUCCCUGUGAUGGUGCAGUGCUCCCUGGAUCCAGUGGACUGCAGUCAGGUCUACGCAUCAGGUCAUGGACAGAAUGGGGUCUACACCAUCUACCCUGCUGGACCCACCUCACCUGUCCAGGUCUUCUGUGACAUGUCCAUGGAUAAUGGGGAAUAUCAAGGAAAGUGGACGGUGAUACAGAGGCGACGGGAUGGAUCUGUGAAUUUCCACAGGAAGUGGGAGGAGUACAAAAGGGGAUUUGGGAGCGCAGCCGGAGAGUACUGGCUGGGACUGGAGACGAUGCAUCUCUUGACUAAGGCUAGGAAGUAUGAGCUGAGAGUGGACAUGGAAGACUUUGAGGGGAGGAAGGUCUUUGCCCAGUACUCCUCCUUCUCUGUAGCACCAGAGUCUGAAGGAUACCCACUAACACUGGGCUCCUUCACAGAUGGAGGAGCAGGAGAUUCUCUGACUCAUCACAGUGGCCAGAAGUUUACCACAUUGGAUAAAGACCAGGACUUGAAUGAAGGCAACUGUGGCAAGAUUUACUACGGUGGAUUUUGGUACAACAACUGUCACUGGACCAACCCCAAUGGGAUUUAUGCAUGGGGAGAGUCAGCCUAUGGUGUUGGCAUCAACUGGAGAACAUGGAAAGGCUUUACAUACUCCCUGAAAACCAUGACCAUGAAGAUCAGACCAGCCACUGCAUAGAGCGGAAACAGCUUAACUGCCCUUAACUGUUUCAAGAAUAAAAAUGAUGACUCUAUAAGCCACUUAAUAUACAGUACUCAGCAUAAAUGAGUACACCCCAACAGAUGUCCCAGAAAAUCAUGUCUCUCUUCAGAAUUAAUACUUUCUAUGGGAUCCUAUACAAUAAAAAAUUGCAGCAACUCUU